UCGUGACCGAUAACUUGUGAUAACGUAAAAUAGCAACAACAAAAUUUAAAAUGUUUGCAAAUUGAAAAUAUUGAAUUAGAGCUUUGACGGCUUGAGUUUUCAGAUUAACAUUACUUUUUAAAACAGUACAUUGUCAUUUAUUGAUUCAUCUUACACCGAGUGUAGUUUUUUAUAUCACGUUUUGGAUCUCUGCGACUUCUUUGUGUAGCUUUUCAACUAGAAUAACAUUCAGCUAAUGUGUGUGUGAAUUACAUUUUUUUGAAUUAUAGGCUAUCCGCUAUUGGAAAAUGUCAAAAAGACAAUCUUCAGAGUUUGACGAUUCUUCUAAAGAUAGCAAUGACACAGACAAGCCACAACAAGACAAAAAACAAAAAUUGGCUUUUGGCAUGAAAAAAACGCCACUUGUUAAACCUGGUAUUAAAAUUAAGCUGAACACUCCAUCAACAAAAGAACCUCCAAAAUUGCCUAAACCAGCAUCAAAGUCCGUGGCGGCUGUAUUUGGAGACUUAAGCGAUGACGAACCUGAAGAAAUGCCUAAAGAGGCAAGAAUGCGUAUGAGGAAUAUUGGCAGAGAUACACCUACGUCGGCCGGACCCAAUUCGUUUGGCAAAACCAAACAUGGUUUCUGUAAUACGGGUAAACUUAUGGAAAAAUCGCUCAAAGAGGCUACUAAAGCGUUGGUGGAUGAAAAAAAAUAAUUUGUAGGUUAUUUGUAAUUAAAUAUAAUUUAAUAAUAUAAAAAAAAAAUGUUCACAACAAUAUAUGAUGUGUAUAUUGCAUUUUCUUCACACAAUUUAAUUUUAAAAUUCAACAUAAAUCUAUGACCAUGACUAUGUAUUUUUAAAUUAAUAAACUCUAUUUAUUAAUAUACCAAAA